AUGACAGGUACACGCCAGCCUCCAUCUUGGGCUUCCGAGAGCGCAGGCGAAAGGGCAGUUUAUUUAACAUAAAUGAAUAUAUUUCAAAAACCAGGAGGAGAAUAGGUUAAGGAGAAAUAAAUUGGCACGGUGCCGAGAUGUAACUUUUAUCUUUUUUUCUGAAGCAGCGAGCAGAGAGAAGGAUGGGAGAGACAGACAGCAGCUGGUCUGGAAGCUUCUGAUCGUUUCAGCCGCUUUUUAAUCGUGUUUUAACCCAAGCCGAACGGCUCAGCUGACACCAAAAUGGGCAUUAAGAGGUUUGCUGUCUUCCUCCUGGUCCUCUGUCUUUGUCUAGAGGCAGCGACUGCCAAAGAAAAAGGCACAAAGAAGGGAAAAAAGAAAGGGAAGCAGGUUUAUUGUCCAUCACAGCUGUCAUCUGAGGAUCUGGCCCGAGUCCCCGCCAACUCAACCAGUAACAUCUUGAACAGGUUACUGAUCAGCUACGAUCCCAGAAUAAGGCCCAACUUCAAAGGCAUUCCUGUGGAGGAUCGAGUGAACAUCUUCAUCAACAGCUUUGGCUCCAUCCAGGAAACUACAAUGGAUUAUAGGGUCAACAUUUUCCUGCGACAGCGCUGGAAUGAUCCACGCCUAAAGCUGCCCCAAGAUUUCAAGUCUGAUUCUCUGACAGUCGACCCAAAGAUGUUUAAAUGUCUGUGGAAACCCGAUCUAUUUUUCGCAAACGAAAAAAGUGCCAACUUCCACGACGUCACACAAGAGAAUAUUCUGCUUUUCAUUUUUCGAAAUGGGGAUGUCCUCAUCAGUAUGAGGUUGUCCAUCACCUUGUCUUGUCCCUUGGACCUGACGCUCUUCCCCAUGGACACGCAGAGGUGCAAAAUGCAACUUGAAAGCUUCGGAUAUACCACAGACGACCUGCAGUUCAUGUGGCAGACUGGAGACCCAGUGCAGAUGGACGCCAUCGCUCUUCCUCAGUUCGACAUCAGACAGGAAGAUAUUGAUUAUGGGAACUGCACCAAAUUCUACUCAGGAACAGGGUACUACACUUGUGUGGAGGUCAUUUUCACCCUCCGGAGACAGGUGGGCUUCUACAUGAUGGGUGUUUACGCCCCAACCUUGCUCAUCGUGGUCCUCUCCUGGCUGUCCUUCUGGAUCAACCCUGACGCCAGCGCUGCCAGAGUCCCGUUAGGCAUCCUGUCCGUGCUGUCUCUCUCAUCCGAGUGCACCUCUUUAGCGUCCGAGCUUCCUAAAGUGUCCUACGUGAAGGCCAUCGACAUCUGGCUCAUCGCCUGCCUGCUGUUCGGCUUCGCCUCACUGGUGGAGUACGCUGUGGUCCAAGUGAUGCUCAACAGCCCAAAGCGCAUCGAGGCGGAGAAGGCCAAGAUCGCGUCCAAGGAGAAGGCGGCGGGGAAGAUCCCGGCUGCCAGGAACAACACGGUCAACGGGACCGGAGGGACGCCUCUGCAUGUCAGCACGCUGCAUGUGGCAGAGACUCGCUGUAAGAAGGUCUGCACCUCUAAAUCCGACCUACGGACCAACGAUUUCAGCAUCGUGGGCUCACUCCCGCGGGACUUUGAGCUGUCGAACUUUGACUGCUACGGGAAACCCAUCGAAACCGGCGGGCCGCUCGGAAAAUCCCAGGCAAAGAACCACAAGAAGCCGCCUCCUCCCAAACCGGUGAUCCCCUCCGCUGCCAAGAGAAUCGACCUCUACUCCCGAGCUCUCUUCCCGUUCUCCUUCCUCUUCUUCAACGUCAUCUACUGGUCUAUCUACUUGUGAUCGAAACUGUUGUGUCUCUUCACACGCUCUUCAUUUCCACCAGUGCUUUAUCAACCAAACUAAAAAAGAAAUGAAUUUAUUUAGAAAUGAUAUACUCUGUAUGACUGUAUUUAACUCAACAUGAAAUACUUGUGUAUUAAUAAUUCCUUAAUUUGCAUUCACAUUGUUGAAAAUUUGAGACAGUUCAAUGAAAGAGCAUUUGUAAAUAUUUCUACAACCAUGUGGGAAUCUUCUGCCCAGUUUUAUUUCAUGAUGUUGCUUUGCAAUAAGUCAUUUGUCCUGAGGUCAUCAUCAUUGGUUCAUGAUGCUGUUUGAAGAAAAUGUUAACUACGAAAUUCUCCUAAAUAUGACCAUUCAUGUCUGGCACUUAUACCUUUAAAUUGUUCAUGUGGCAGCAAUAACAUCACCAAAAAAAUCAUCAUAAUAUCGGUUAGUAUUGACAUUUAUCAGCAUAUAAUUACUAUAAAUUACUAUAGUAAUUUUGAAUGGUUUAAAGGGUUAAAAAAUGAAUGAAAUCAUCCUAUAUUUCUAGAACAGUAAUUAAUCCCUAACCAUUUUUAUUUAUUACUUAUUUUGCAGGGAAGCUAAUAUUGAAAAAUAAAAAAUGAAACUAAUAGUUGUGGAAGGAAAAAUCUAUAAAAUAAUUGUGUCUCUUAAAAGGUUUUACAAUAGUGCAGUAAUGAAAGAAAACAGAAAUAUAAGGAAAUAAAUACAGUCAGUCACCUCAUAAGUGAUGACUUAUUGCAAAGUAGCUAAUCAAAAGCGAACAUUGUAAUUACAUAGCAUGUUCAACAGAAGGCAUGUACAUGGAGAUAAAAAGCAUUCUAUAUAUAUAUAUAUGAAAAAAUGUAUAUCAGAUUUUAUGAUGGUUUGCCUCUUGAGAAGAAUAUCCUAAGAUGGGUUUGUGAAUCUCCCUCUUCUUGUCCAGAUGUGACACUGCCACCCUCCAGCAACUGUAACGUUUUACACUCCUACCUGGGUCACCAUUGAGCCGUGGCCGUGUGUUUGUGACAUUUACAAGGAAAUAUUAAAAUAUGACUUUUCACCGAACGCCAUU